UUGCCACAUUUUCUGAAAUUGAAUCCAGAGCAAAAUCAAUCUCAUCAAACACUGAUAUCUUGCCAUGGAAGAUCCCUCCAUUGUGAUUCCCCAUCUCCCAAACGAUGUGAUCAUCGAAAUUCUCACGAGGCUACCAGUAAAACCCCUCUUGAAAUUCAAACGCGUCUGCAAAUCAUGGCGAGCCCUAAUUUCCAGCACACAAAUCGUCGCAGCCCACCUCGAAUUCACAAAAUCAGCUCGAAAUCUCACUACCCACAGACUCAUUUUGAAGUAUCGAGGUAAUACUAUGAAGCAAUGUUCAGUUAAUUCCAUACUGCACCAAUCUGUUCCCGAAGCAUUCGAUUUGAGCUGCUCACUCCUAUCUGAGAGACAUCAAUUUUGGGUGGUGGGUUCUUGCAAUGGUUUAGUUUUCCUGUUGAUAGACAAAAAAGAAAUGAUUUUGUGGAACCCAUCCACGGGAAUUUGCAAAAAACUGCCAGAUUUCGGCGUGGAAAUAAACGUUGGUCACAAUUAUACUUAUGGCUUAGGUUAUGAUAAAUCGAGUGAUGAUUAUAAAGUGGUGGGGUUUUUCAAUGGCAAUAGGGAUUUGUCUGAGGUGAUGAUGCAAGUUUAUAGUUUGAAGAAUGAUAAGUGGAAGAGGAUCGAGAAUUUUAAGGGGCGUUGGUCGUUGGAUGGUACAGCGACAUUUGCUAAUGGGAAGCUAUAUUGGAUUGCUUAUCAAGGUUAUGAGUUGAAACCCUGUUUGGAUAUUUUGUCCGUUGAUUUGGAGACGGAGGAGUAUGAGAUACUGCAAAUGCCGAGCUAUGUGAAGAGAGGCUAUUACUCGAGGUUGGGAGGAGCGUGGGAGGGGUCGUUGCACGUGCUGUGCAGCCAUAUGGAGAGUGCGGAUGUGUGGAUCAUGGACGUGGGAGGAGGGGAUUGGACGAAGGUGGCUACAAUUCCCUAUAUUAAUGAUCUCUUGAAGAAUACUUGUAUCCGGAGGUUAGGGACUCGGGUGAACUCCUUCGAGUCAGUGCUUAUCUGGAAAGUUUAUGAAGCUGAUCAUUAGUUUAUGAUUCUUCUUUAGUAUGUCGGAUUAGCAUGAUAUUAACAUGUAGUAUGAUGUAGAAUUUGCUCUAAUUUUUUUAAGGAUAAU